AUGUCUGAUUACGGCGGACAUCCAUACAGAGGCGGAGGUGGUCGCGGAGGUGGAGGAUAUCGUGGGAGAGGUGGUGGAGGUGGUGGCAGAGGUGGUGGUUUUAGUAGAGGUGGUGGCGGUGGUGGUUUUAGCAGAGGAAGACCACCUACUGAGGGCACCCAAUCUACACCUUCUCAAAGUCCCAGACACCAGCAGCAAUUGGAAAAUAUCCUCAGAGGACUGCAUAACCAGUCUUAUGGGAAUUAUAGAGAUCUUGAGGGUUCAUACAACUGCACUCAUGCCACCGAAAAUAUCGAUUACCAGCUCUUUAUCGAUAAAGUUCAAAGUGACAGCUUUGCCCCUCCAUCCCGUUUCCGAGUCAAGGUCGCUACAAAUGAUGCAGGAAUCCCGGGAGAUACAUUCAAUACCCGUACUAGAAAAAUAGCCUUCUGUGACUACAUCACUCGACAAGUGCAACAAGUCAUUACAUCCCACGGUCUCGACGUGAGCGAAAGCGGCCGCGGAUGGUCCGGCCCUAAAGGUGGCGACUUUGGUAUAAACUAUCCUUCACAGCAGGUCCUUGAGCGCACCAGUUGCCUGAUCCAGGACUCGUUCAUCGAACUGCGGUUUACGCUCAAUUUGCCUGCACGGGGACGGACUAUUCUUGCUGAUGCAGCCCAGGACCUGAUAUUGAAGCAGAUCCCGGCAUUGGUCCAAAAGGGUCUUUUGUGGAAGAACCUUGACUCCAGGAAAGUUGGGGAGCAUAUAAGGUCUAUAGAAGUCCAGGAAGCGCUCAGAGAAGCGUUGGGAAAACAUAAUCUGGUGGCUUUUGUGGGGAAUGGCUCAAUUCUUCCGAGAGUUUCGGGGGCGAGCCCCUACCCGAUGUCAAAAGAUAUAGCGGUGCCAUUUGUAGCACCAGAGUCCUUGAAAGUGAGAAUUGAAACCGAUGUUCUAGAUCCCGCCGGAGCCAAGAUCGCAGUCGAGGGUAUGGGAAUUCCUCGUGGAGUUACCGUUCUUACUGGCGGUGGUUUCCAUGGUAAAACUACACUAUUAGAAGCAUUGGAAUUUGGAAUAUAUAAUGUUGUACCUGGCGAUGGCAGAGAACUCGUAGUCACCGACAUCAACGCAUUCAAAAUCCGCGCCGAAGAUGGCCGGAAUGUCGUUGGAACUGAUAUAUCGCCAUUUAUCAAUAAUCUCCCAGGACCACACACCACCACGACGAGCUUUACCUCGACAGAUGCUUCAGGGAGUACCUCUAUGGCUGCAAAUAUCCAGGAGGCCGUUGAGAUUGGCGCGACUACUUUGCUGAUCGAUGAGGAUACGAGUGCUACUAAUUUCCUGGUGAGGGAUCGUAGGAUGCAGGAGCUGAUUAAGUCCGAGCCGAUCUCGCCUUUUGUCUCUAAAGCAAAAGCAUUAUUCGAGAAGUGUGGUGUUUCGACUGAUGCGGCGAUUGUAACUAUCUCCAUAGCCCCCAUGAAACACCCACUGCAGAUGACUAAUAUCUCAUCAGACCUAACCAUCGCCGAUACUGUCAUUGGAAUGGAGUCCUACCAUGCUCAUGACAUCACCCCCCGUGCACGCGAGAUUGUUGCGCAAUUCCCUGUCACCGUCGACCAAGACGACACCUACGGCAGCGUCACUAAACGAAUUCCGAUCUUGCCAGACUUCCAUCGUCUCACACACUCACCCCGUGCUCAAGGCAUGCGCAGUAUUCAGCGCCGGGACCGCGAAGACGAGGCUGUGGACCUCUCGGGGCUGGAUCAGCUGGUCGAGGAGGGGCAAACGAAUGCGUGUGCCGAGUUGCUCAACCUUAUGCCCAAGUCAGGACUGAAAUAUACGAUGGAGCAAUGGGCGAGCUACCUGAAGCGCGCUUUGGAUGAGGGUGGUUUAGAUACGCUGAGGGGUGGGUCAGUGGUUGGGGGUAAGCUGGUGAGGUGCAGGGAGUUGGAGAUGUUGGCAGUGGUGAAUAGGGUUAGAGGGUUGCAAGUGCAGAGAAAGAGUUGA